AUGCAAAGAAUUCUAUAUAAACGUAUUCCAAGUCGACUAACGCGAAAUUAUCAAACAACAUUAUCACCUCCAGUUGAAGUAGUUCGUCAACAUCUUAAUCUUCACAUCAACUAUCGUCCAUAUGAUGUUAUUUAUGUUGCAAUGGUAACCAGAAAAUCAAGUUUGAACAUCAAAAGGUUUUAUGCCCUUGGAGAGCCCAUCGUUAUUGACCAGGAUCUUCUUAUUUUUUUAACUACUGAAUGUGGCCUCGAAGGUUCAAUCAGCCGAAUCUACAGAGGUCAAAAGACUCGACCCCAUAAAUAUCCUUGGUUAACCAAAAUUCAUUUAUAUUCAGAUAUUAGUAGUGAUUACAAUGGUUUUUGUGGUGGCUCUUUGAUUGAUGAUCAGCACGUCAUCACUGCAGCUCAUUGUGUAACCAUCCACCAAAAGGAAACGCUCAAUAAUCCUAAUAACAUCUAUGUUUACCUUGGUUUAUCUAAAACUGACACUUUUAACUCGAUACCAAAAUUAGUUUCAAAAAUUUGGGUUCAUCCUAAAUAUAAACAGUCAAGUCUUUUGAACGAUAUCGCCAUCUUAACUCUCUCAAGACCAGUUAAAUUUACUCAGCAAAUUUUUCCGAUAUGUUUACCGAACUGUAAAAUAGAUUUGGACCAUCUCGUUACUUCAGGGUGGGGAUUAACUUCCCCAAAUGGUACACGAAGUGAAUUUCUACAGGAAGUUGAUGUUUCAUAUUUGAACAUCGAAGAGUGUCAAAGACGACAGAGUGAAUUCUUUCCGAAUGAUUCGGUAAUAAGAGAGACAACAGACUAUUACGAAAUUUGGGAAACUCAUAUUUGUGCCAUCAAUCUGAGAACCCAGGGAGGUGCUUGUUCAGGUGAUUCUGGUGGUCCUUUGAUGCAUAAGGCCAAAGGCUUAUACUAUCUUGUUGGGCUUGUUUCUGGUUCAUGGGAACCAUGUGGUCCAAGUGUAACUUCCGCUGGUCUUUACACACGAAUUGAUCUCUAUCGAGAUAUCAUCAAGAGUAUCGCUCAAAAUUCAUGUUGGAAAGAUUAA